GUGGCACGCCACUAGUACUCUACGUCCACAACAAUACCGACCUUUCAAAUUAUGCCACCGCUGCCCAGUGAAAUCUACAGCGAGACUCUAGACCUAUUAUCUUCUGUGAGACGGCGGCAGAAAGAUCUUCUUGAAUUCCAGAUUCCACGUCUCAAGUCAUGUAACGAGUCACUACACAUUCAACAAAACCUGGCAACGGAGGUACGAGAGGACAUUGAGGUACUUGCACGACAGAUUGAGGAGUUAGAUAUCUCUGUUGAGGACCAGUGUAGUGACAAUGGCCGGAGAGAGCUGCGGAAGAUCGUAAACGAGCUAACAAAUUCCCUUGCAAGCAUAAAGAAGGAGUCUCGAGCUGCUCUUUUGAUUUCAAAGCGAGCUAUUGAUGCUCGAGGCUAUUCAAAUCGAGAGGAGCUUCUCCGCUCUUCAAGUUCAUCUGUCCAGGAGAAGCAGAUAUCGAACGGGGGAGCAGGAGACGAUGCGCUCAUGAAAGCCAAUAACGAUGUUACCGCAGCAUUGCAAAGGACUCUUGGUCUUAUGCAGAAAGAACUUGAACAGUCUGUGCUUUCAGCUCAAAUGCUGGAGUCCUCCACUGCGACGUUACGGUCAACUUCGACCACCCACGAUAUGCUCACGAACAUGUUGGGGACCUCUAAACAACUUAUAACAGCACUCGAAGACACAGACUGGCUCGAUCGUCUCAUUCUCAUAUUUGCACUUAGCUUCUUUUUCCUGGUCGUCCUGUUUAUCCUCUCACAGCGUGUUAUCGGCCGAGGACUGCAAAUUGCAUUUUGGUGGACACGCUUUAUCCCUUUCGGAAGUUCCUCCCAGGAUAUUGUUUCGGAGAAAGCCUCUUCUGUCGCUACGAGUUUUGCGGAUCAGCCCACGGUCCGUGAUUGGAAUGAUGGACAGAGUUUUGACCCAGAGUCACCACUUUCGUCGAUUAUAUCUACCAUAACGCGGACUAUAGAUACUUCUCCCACUGAAGUUGUCCACGUAGAACUUUAGAGAGUCGCUGCAGAACGUUUCAGCGAUAUAAUAUGGGAAAUUUUGUAUUUAUUUUCAGACGCUUGUCGCCACGCGAAAGCGGGUGGAGUGGGUAGUAGCUUGACCGGAAAAAUGUAUAGGUACUUUUAGUCGAGGUUAGGGUUAGAUUUCAAGCCGGACUUUCUCGCGUUCUUGCGGAGAACCACGCCUCUCGAGAGUGCUCCCAUGAAUAAAAUCCAUGUAUUCUUCCAGCUUUACACAGACCCUGUAGUUCUCUCCCCCCCGCAGUUCAUUUUAACACACAAGAAGUGCUCAAAAAUCGCAAUGGAUCCUGCAAAUAAUGCCUAUGUAUUUGGAUUUACCGCAAUGCCUCAAGGUAUGGCUCUGCCGCUCACAGAGCAAGGUCGCUUUUCAACCCCUAGCGGUCGCCAAGAUAAGAAACCGAGAUUGUUUUUGGAGGGCGCCUCUGGGAAUUCUGUUGAAGACGCCCGUGUUGUGCCGUGCCUCUUCGCCUGUGUGCCUCUGGAGCUACUCGCAGAGAUAUUGAUACUUACAAGAUCUCCUCGAGAUGUCUUGGCGGUAGCGCGGUGUAGCAAGUACUUCUGUGCGACGCUUGUUAACAAUCCUUCUUCUGAUUACAUAUGGCGGAAUGUCCGAAUGACUUGUUUGCCUCGACCUC